UUAUGCGACGUUAAUCUCAGUGUGUGGAAAAAAUGGCGGACGCAAUGAACGUUGGUGUGAAUUUAGAAGCAUUUUCUCAAGCAAUAAGUGCUAUUCAGGCACUUCGUUCAAGUGUAACAAGGGUUUUUGACUCUCUGAAAGAUGGGAUGAAAAACAAAGAAACCCUCGAAGGACGCGAAAAGGUUUUUAUUACCGAGUUUCAAGAUAACCUGCAGUCUGUGAAUCGCGACUUGAAUGAAUUGGAACGCCUCAGUACCCUGGUUGGCAGACCUUCAGAGAGUCAUCCCCUUCACAACAGUGGCCUGUUGAGUCUGGACCCAGUUCAGGACAAGACCCCGCUGUACAGUCAGCUCCUUCAGGCAUACAAGUGGUCUAACAAGUUACAAUACCAUGCUGGCUUGGCGUCCAGUCUUCUCAACCAGCAGUCACUCAAGCGCUCCGCUAACCAAAUGGGGGCAUCAGCCAAGAGAAGACCCAAAGUCCAGCCCAGUACCCUGGUUCUGCCACCACAGUAUGUAGACGACGUGAUAUCGAGGAUCGGCCGGAUGUUCCCAGACAUGUCGAUUGAACUCUUCCGACCCAAUGGGACAUCGGCAGUACUUCUGGUGACGUUGGGGAAAGUGCUGAAAACCAUUGUGGUGAUGAGAAGCCUGUUCAUAGACCGGACCAUCGUGAGAGGAUUCAACGAGAACGUGUAUUCCGAGGAUGGCAAGCUGGAUAUCUGGUCGAAGUCAAACUAUCAAGUAUUUCAAAAGGUUACGGAUCAUGCCACCACUGCUCUGCUGCACUACCAACUCCCCCAGAUGCCCGACGUGGUGGUACGUUCCUUCAUGACCUGGCUAAGAAGCUACAUCAAGCUUUUCCAGACCCCGUGUCAGCGUUGUGGGAAGUUCCUGCAGGAGGGCCUUCCCCCGACCUGGAGAGACUUUCGCACCCUGGAAGCCUUCCACGACACAUGUAGGCAAUGAGGAAUCAGCGGGGAAAGGUUCCAUUGGAAACUGUUCUGACACCCCAUCUAAUAAGACAUGGCAAGACUUCACCUGCUCUUCAACCUCUGCCUACGCUAUGCAUGUAGGCAUCAGCACUGUUGUUUAUAGACUGUAUGUCACUGCCUUAUGAAUGGGCAUCAGGAAGCCAACUGGGUUGGAAUGGGAGGGAGAGGGAUCUAAUCAAAUCUGCCAAGACUGCCACUAUUGUCUCUUCCUCCCUCAUUGCCACAUAGGGAUGAGCCAGUAGUGGCAGUCCCGGUGGUUUGAUUUGAUUUUUGUUGUUGUCCUCCCACUGUGUAGGAUGAUGUCAUAUUAAUGAGUCUACUCACGUUCUACACAAUCUCACACUUUAACCCAAUCUCACAGCUGUCCAAAUGUUUGCCAUAUAAUAAAUUGUUCAGUGCUCCUGCUCCAGCCCCCUGGUUGUGCAGAACCUUUUUAUUUAGGUUCUGCACAACCAGAACCUCUCCAAAUAAUAAUAAAAUAAGUUAUUUUUCAGCAAAGUUAGAGCGACCAUAUUUAUGGCCCAAAUAUUGUGCAGUUUGUUUGGCAUUGUGUUGUAUCCCUUUUGUACAGGAGCUGGGUUUAAUAUUUCAUGAACCAUGCUGGUUAUGUGGAGGAAAAAGGCUUUUCUUUGUGAGGUGGGAGUUAAAAAGGCAAGUGAAGGGAAUUGCUCAUUUUGUAGAAUUAGGCACCAGACUUUUUGUACACUUUCAAAAUAAUCUGUGCUCUUCUUUGAUAGCCAUUGUCUAAAUAAAGUACAACAUUUUGUUUAAUAGUA